AGUUACGCAUAUUUUCAUCUCCGGCUAACAGCCAUACCCUUUCCUGAUAGCGUAAACUGGAAAAUCAUUUUAUCACGUUUAGUGAUAGCAAGCCAUAAUGUUAGCCUUUGAGUGUAUAUAAAUAGCUGAAACGGACACAUCGGUUCAGUUGAUUCAACGCCGUAAGUUCGAAUAGAUCAAAAUGAGUUUAGCUGGUAAAGUUGUGAUUGUAACUGGAGCAAGCUCUGGCAUCGGUGCCGUCACAGCUGAGGCCUUUGCCAAACAGGGAUCCAAAGUAGUGAUCACUGGACGAAAUGUAGCAAAUCUGAAUGCUACUGAGAAAGCCUGUAAAGCAGCGAACAGCAAAGUGGAACUAUUAUUAAUUACCGCUGAUGUAACGACAGACGCUGAGAAGAUUAUCAAAACAACAAUUGACAAGUUCGGACAGUUGGAUGUGUUGGUGAAUAAUGCCGGUUUUGGUGAAAAGGGUUCAAUCUUAGAUAUUGACGUCGAUCAAUUUGAUCGCAUUUUGAAUACAAAUUUGCGUGCAGUCUUCUUGCUGACUAAAUACGCCGCACCACAUCUCAUAAAGACCCAAGGCAAUAUUGUGAAUGUCUCAAGUGUCGCAGGAUUACGUUCAUUCCCUGGUGUUUCCGUCUACUGCACCUCCAAAGCGGCACUGGAUCAAUUCACCAGAUGUAUCGCUUUGGAUUUGGCGCCGAAAAAUGUACGUGUGAAUGCCGUAAAUCCUGGUGUGAUUGUGACAGAAUUCCAUAAGCGUCUUGGCUUGUCGGAAGAGGAAGAUGCUAAAUUUUUGGAGCAUUCGAAGACAACUCAUGCAUUGGGUCGCGUCGGCGAACCCAAGGAAGUGGCCGAUGGCAUUAUUUUCCUUGCAAGUGACAGUUCGAGUUUUAUAACGGGAGCAACUCUGCCGAUUGAUGGUGGCAGACACGCUAUGUGCCCGCGUUAAUAUUUCUUACAAAUGUUAUUCAUUAAUAAACGUAUAAGUAUAUAAAAUUGCGAAAUAUGCUUCAAAAUAA